GUUGGACAGUUUACAUUUUUCUACGAACCCUAAACUUCAGCAUAAUAUAUGCUUAUGUGUGUAUGUAUGCAUGAGUGUGAUUGUGUGUGUGAGGACUUUUAUUUUGGUCUGACGAUAUGACGCCAGAAGCCUGCGGUCUUGUGUUUGUUAUGAUGUGAUUUUGCUGAAGAAAGGAAAAACCCCUGGUGAAGAAACUGAGAUCCACGUGACACAUUAUGAAGAUGGCUAUUAUUAAAGAGGAGAGUGAAGACAUAAGGAUUGAAGAAGCAUUCAGUGUGAAACAUGAAGAUACAGAGGAACAAACAGACCUGAUGACACUGAAGGAGGAGAGCCAAGAGCUGAAAAAUGAAAUGAAGUACAAAUAUGAAUAUCAGAAACAUCAUGAUUUUAUGACUGAAGAAAAAUCCUCAAAGACCGAAAAGAGAGGUCAGAAGAAAGGAACUAAAAGGUAUUUCACCUGCCAAGAGUGUGGAAGGAGUUUUGAUCAAAUUGGAAACCUUAAAGUCCACAUGAGAAUUCACAAAGGAGAGAAGCCUUUUACCUGCCAACAGUGUGGAAAGUGUUUCAAUGAAAAAGGAAAUCUUAAUACCCACAUGAGAGUUCACACUGGAGAAAAGCCUUAUAUCUGCCAACAAUGUGGAAAGAGUUUCAGUCAAAAAGGAAACCUUAAAGUCCACAUGAAAAUUCACACUGGAGAGAGCUCUUUUACCUGUCAACAGUGUGGAAAGUGUUUUACUGAAAAAGGAAACCUUAAGGUCCACAUGAGAAUUCACACUGGAGAGAGCUCUUUUAUCUGCCAGCAGUGUGGAAAGAGUUUCACUCAAAAAGGAAACCUUAAAAAACACAUAAGAACUCACACUGGAGAAAAGCCUUACACCUGCAAAUUAUGUGGGAAAGGCUUCACACGCGAACUAGGCCUUAGUUAUCACAUGAACAUGCAUACUGGAGAAAAGCCGUUCGUAUGUAGUCAGUGUGGAAAGAGAUUCACACGUAAACUGACCCUUGAGACCCACAUUAGAACUCACACUGGAGAGAUGCCAUUCGUAUGUGGUCAGUGUGGAAAGUGUUUCAGAUGUAAAGAAAACCUUAAUCACCACAUGAGGAUUCACUCAAGGGAGAACUAUUUUAUAUGUCAUGUGUGUGGAAAGAGUUUCACGCACAUGAAUCGCCUUAAGAGGCAUUUAAUAACUCACACUAGAGAAAAGCAUUUUAUGUGCCAUCACUGUGAAAAGAGUUUUACAAAUGAAAGAAGCCGUAAGACUCACAUGACAAUUCACACCGGAAAGAGGCAUUUCACAUGCCUUCAGCGUAAGAAAAGUGUAAGAUAUCGAAGAGGCCUAAAACAUUUACAGAUUUACUCUGGACAAGGGGGAUUUAACUGCAAUCAGUGUAAUAAAAAAUUUCCUUUGCCGUUACACCUACAGAUACACCUGAAAAGUCAUGCAGAUGUUAGACCCUAUUUGUGUUCCACGUGUGGAAAGUGUUUUAAGUGGCCUAGCGAUUUACUAUGGCACCAAAAAAUACGUAUUUGUGUGAAAUUAAGACUUCGUUCACAACACAGUUGAAUCUAGUUUUCUCCUUUUUUGUGAGUCUGUUUACAUGAACUUUAAAUGAUCAGGUAUUUGCCGAACCAGUGAUGCUUCUACAACAAUCACCCUGUUUUUCACUUCCUUUGUCUCUUAAUUUAUUUGAAUUAAA